GUUUGCAGCACCUCUCCCUUUUGAACUUCUGAGAGCCCCGGUGGCUCCUCCCUGCAUCAAGAUGUGAUAACAUUUAAGAGUAGGACCUCAAGAGUUUCUAAACUGAUUUCAGCACUGGACGGUAGACUGCACAGACGAGGGCAGAGAUGAACCUGGACGAGGACAGUGGCCUGUCCGUCAGUUGCGGCAAUGGCAAACUGAGGCAGUGGCUGAUCGAGCAGAUUGACAGCGGGAGAUAUCCCGGCCUGGUCUGGGAAAACGACGAGAAAACUAUAUUUCGGAUUCCAUGGAAGCAUGCUGGAAAACAGGAUUACAAUAGAGAGGAGGAUGCUGCACUCUUCAAGGCAUGGGCAAUGUUCAAGGGAAAACAUAAGGAAGGUGUGGACAAACCCGACCCCCCCACAUGGAAGACCAGACUCCGCUGUGCUCUCAAUAAAAGCAACGACUUUGAUGAACUAGUAGAAAGAAGCCAACUGGACAUCUCAGAGCCUUACAAAGUCUACAGGAUCAUUCCAGAGGAAGCAAAAAAAGGAAUGAAGUUGAACAGUACGGAUGAGACACCGUCACAUCUGAAUUCCUUCAACUAUAUUCCUCCGUAUGCAUCACUGCACAACCAGGUUCCAGGAUUCAUGGUCCCUCCGGAGAGGAGAGACUGGAGGGAUUACCACACGCCGACCGAGCAGCAGGCUCUUCCUGGUGCACAUCACCAUGGCUCCCAUGCAGAGCUGCAGUAUGGCCAGUGCCACUACCCGUCGUCAAUGAGCCGGCCGUGGCCCGGGGCCCACACAGAAAAUGGUUUCCAGCUCUCCUUCCACACCUACUUUUCAGAGUCUCAGCCACCCAUGUACCCCGCUGACAGUGCUAUAACAGAUUUUAGCCUUCAUGUAUCCCUGUUCUACAGAGAAUCUCUGGUGAAGGAAGUUACAACCACCAGCCCCGAAGGAUGUCGGAUCACGUCCUCGUCCUCCUCCUCUCCAUCCUCUUCCUCCCCGGCCGAGGAGGACAAGUUCCACAGCGGGGCAGAACUCAUCCUCUUCCCAUCGCCGUACCCCGAGUCACAGAGGCAGGGCGCUGAGAUGCUGCCCAGCGUGCUGGAGAAGGGGGUUCUUCUCUGGAUGGCGCCCGAUGGGCUUUACGCCAAGCGUCUGUGCCAGGGCCGAGUGUACUGGGAGGGUCCGACGGCUCCGUACACCGACAAACCCAACAAGCUGGAGAAGGACCAACCGUGCAAACUCUUCGACACCCAGCAGUUCCUCAUCAGGCUUCAGGACUUUGUCCAUAAUGGUCGACAUUCACCGAGAUACCAGGUGGUGCUAUGUUUUGGAGAUGAGUACCCAGACCCACAGAGGCCAAAGAAACUGAUCACAGCGCAGGUGGAGCCAGUCUUUGCCAAGAAGCUGGUCUACUUUUACCAGCAGAGCAACGGCCACUACCUGCGGGCCUACGAUCCCAUCCCGGACCAGAGCGCCCCUCCGGCCGUCGACUAUCUCUCCCAGAGACCCCUGCAGCAUACUCACGAGUGACACGCAUGCAAGCGCACGCGUGCACGUGCAGGUCAGCAGGGCGUGGAUGUGAAUGUGAAAGUCAGACUUUGUACUGCGGCCGCAGUUGUACGUACUGUACGUGGUAGAAAGUGAUAAGUCACUGAGGGGUUUGGUAAAUGGGAAAGACUCAGUCUGGUGUGUUUUCACUCGUGCACCUAUGCAUCGUCCUCUUUGAGUUUAUAUUCUCUCUCACUCUCUCACUCUCUCUCUCUCUCUCUCUCUCUCUCUCUGUGCGAAUAUUAUUGUGACAGUGUGAAGGAUGCGGUUUGAGGGUGCAGGGGGAGGAUGAGGGGAGCACAGGGCAACUGAGACAGGAAGUAGUAACACAGGUGCACAGGAAGAAUGGCCCCUCAGACAAACUCUGAUAUGCUGAGGGGGAUGAAGCAUUGUAAUUAUUGACAGGUAGGCAAUGUGAUUCUUACACUUUGGCAUGGCAAGACCAAUCAACAUGAUUACUGCUGUAAAAGUCACGUAUGCAUUUAGAUAAAUCUGUUUCCAAUAGAUUCAGUCUGUUUAUAAAAUGCUCUGAUUGUCUUCAAAUAUUUCACAAUGGGGAAAAAAAAAAUCAUACUGUACUGAUCAAUGAUUAUGCUUGCUAUGAAUAAUGACGCGUCUACAUGUCUGUUCUAUGUGCACGGCGAUGUACUGUUUCGAAUUGCAAAAUUCCAAUCCCCUGAAGGUUGGGGACAGUGUGUAAAAUGUAAAUAAAAGCAGAAUGAGAUUAUUUGCAGAUUUUCAUAUUUAAAUUGUAUUUAUGAUAGAGCAUAGACAGUAUUUUAAAAGUGGUACAUUUUGUCAUUUUCUUGAAAAAUUCAAAGUUCACUUUAUUUGAAUUUUCAACACACAAACUGUUGGAUUAGACUUUUGCUACCAGUUAAAUUCAUUAUCAUAGAAAGCAGAAAGAUGCUGCAGGCUAAAGAUACAGCACCUUUCUAUGGUGAGGUUACUCUUAUUUUGAUAUCAGGUUGUUUCAGUGCAAGUGCAGCCAAAAUCGAAGCAAAAGCAGCAAAGGGAAAGAGUUCAGAUUUGAUGUAUUUUGAGCCUUUUUCAGUGUUUUAUGAACCUGGAAUUUUCUUUGUGACAUGAGUGUAAAGGUCUUAAGGUACAGUUACAGUGUCGGAUGCCUGUUUUCCCCACUGCACACCUGUUUUAAAGUAAGUUAAGUGUUUUUGUGACAGGCCUUCGGGCCCAAGUCACUGGGUUUCACGAUCAGGUUUGACCUGAGUUGGAAAAUCAAACUCAUCCUGUAACUCGCAGAGAAACUACCUGUUCCUCUUCACCUGAAACUAGUGGCCUCACAAACAGGAAGAAAAACUACCUUCUUUGGGUUGUUUUCCAGUUCAGACUGGGAGUACUUCUCUUAUUCCCAUCCCUGAGAAGCUUUUUUAAGCGCACGUACUGAGCACAGUGAUGCAUCUGCCUGAAUACGAACAUUACGCAUUUCUGCAUUUUAGGAGUUACACGCAACCAAAACAAGCAUGGCGGAUUUCUUUCUCCAGUUUAGGUUCUAAAUCUUAAUCCUUAAAGUGUGCGGGAUAGAAAGGCUCUGUAAUGUUAUUUUUUAAAAUCUGUGGUCAAGAGUUUCAAUGUCUGCAUUUUACUUCCUUCACACGUAAACCACAAUACUUUCACAUUCACAUGGAAACUAUGACCAGAAUCAGAGGCUGGAAUACUUUUCCUCUUUUUUUUUUCGUGAACCAUAAAAUCCUUUUUCCCCUCAAACGUUUAAUCGGCGCCUCUGAUUCUCUGCAGUGACUCAGAAUUGAUCAAUGAACUUCUACACGUUUGUGUGUGUAUGUGUGUGUGUGUGUGUGUGUGUGUGUGUGAGAGAGAGAGAGACAGCGUGUGUUCAUACAUGCAGGUGGGUACGUGUCUGUGUCACACUGUUGCAGUAUUACUCUUGUCAGGGAAAUUGACAUUUAUGGACUUUACAGGACACGUGACUCACACAGACAUCGGUGAACGGUUACAGUAACAGCAGCAACAGUGUGUGCAAACUACAGAGGAAAUCACAAAAUGUCAAUUGUUUAAUCUAUGAAACUGCUUUUUGAAGUGAUUUAUUUCUCAAAU